AUGGACUUACAACGACACCUGGCUCGUCCCGGUGUUGCUCCCGUUGGGUUUUUUGGACUGUUUGGAACGAGAUAUGGAAGACCCCGAAGCCCGAACCUUGACUUCAUCCCUGGAGUCGGUUCCUCUGUUUUUUUGGGGUCAUUCUCGUCUCGUUCGCAAUGCGCUCGUCCUGGCAAACACGGCGUUGUCGAGGCAAGCGCAGGGUGCACCACACUCGGAACGCUGACAAGAACUGUUGAGAACGAACGAAAUCUGAGCAGAAACACACUGCCAAGGACAACGGUCGCUUCAUGUGCCAGCAUUGGAUGGUUCUCUUCACGAGAUCGUCGUGCUUCCUUACGCGCUUCCAACGACAAGAGGGAGGGGCGAGGGAGUACGACUACCGCCAACAUCAAUAGUGGUGUAGUGGGUUUCGGAUAUUGA